AUGGACAUCUCCACAGCUGGCGUUCGAGGCCAUGCCAAAGACCACAUGAAGAUGAGUCCACCGUACAAGUGUAACAUAUGCCCCUUCAUCUGCAACGAGAAGGUCGUUUUGCAGCGUCAUAUUCGAACCCACAAAGGGGACCAGCCGUACAAAUGUGGACUUUGUAACGAUUUCUUCUCCACAAAAUCCAACUGCAAGAGGCACUUGCUCAAAACUCACGCAAUCACCAGCGAAGAGCAACUUCUUUCAUUGCUCACUGAAAACGAACAGACACCUGAGAAAAAUUCGACUCCGCAAGCAGUAGUGCAAACUGCGGGGAAGGACCAAGUAUUGACGCCUAUCAUGCAAAACUCCUCAAUGCUCUUGGCCUUAAUUUCCAAAAUGGCGCAGGCAGAUUUAAGCAGGGGUGUCCCUCCUAUUUGGAAUCCGGAACCAUUUCUUAAUCAGUAUCUGGUGGCUUCCGAAGCUGAUUUGGCUAGAAGUGAAGACACCCCUAUGAUUCCAUCAGGGUGGCGGGAUGAAAAAAUAAUUACUAAUUCAUCUGCUGGAGAGGAAGAUGAGUGUAAUGAAUCUAUAACUUCUGAGGAAGAUUUUGAAGAUUCCAAUGGUUGGGCUGCAUUUUACGUCGAUACCAUCAUCCAUAGCACCGAUGAGGAUGAAAGUGAAGAACGUGAAGGAAAAGAGAAGAGAGCUAAAACAAGCGCAUACUCAAGAGCUCCCAACAGAGUAGCAUGCCCCGUGUGCAAAGUCACGUUUCCCUGGACCAGUUCGCUGAAAAGACACAUACUGGUUCACACAGGAGAGAAACCGUUCCGUUGCAAGUUUUGCCCUUUGAGCUUUACAACUAAAUCAAACUGCCUCAGACAUCAGAAACGGAAGCACUCAAAUCAGAAAAACUUAAAAUUGAGCGGCGAAGACUCUUCAUUCAAGUGCGAUAUUUGUUUCAAAAAAUUCAAUCUCAAGCUCAAGAAGGACAAACACAUGGAAUUGUAUUGCAUACCUCGAGCUCGUCAUAACCAAAGCAUGGAAUCCUAG